AAUCAAAGUAUAAGAAAGAAUGGGUCCCUGAAAAGAUUUUGACCGUGAAGACACAAUAUUACGUUUAUCUGACAACACAUGAAACACAUCACUCAUCUCUUUAGAUUCUCUUCUUCCCCACAGCUAGCUCUCUCACAAGAUCUUCACACACAACAUCAAUCAAGAUCCGAUCCCUUCAGAUUCUCUUGUAAUUAAUCUCCCCUCUCUCUCUCUCUUAUUUAUGUAACUCUCCCCUUCUUCACAUUGAUUUCUGUGUUCUUUGACGUUCAAACUUUAAAACAAAACGCUUCCUCUGUUUUGCUGGUUUCAAAGAGAGAGAAAAAACAAUGGCUCUCGGGGAUUUAUCUUCUUCUUCUUCUGCUUCCUCGGAGUUACAUGUUCUUGCCGUUGAUGAUAGUUUCGUUGAUCGUAAGGUUAUUGAGAGAUUGCUUAAGAUCUCUGCUUGCAAAGUGACGACGGUUGAGAGUGGGACUAGGGCUCUUCAGUAUCUUGGUUUAGAUAAAGGAUCUUCUGGUCUUAAGGAUUUGAAGGUGAACUUGAUAGUGACAGAUUACUCUAUGCCAGGAUUAACGGGAUAUGAACUUCUCAAGAAGAUUAAAGAGUCUUCAGCAUUCAGAGAAAUACCGGUAGUGAUAAUGUCGUCUGAAAACAUACAACCUCGUAUAGAACAAUGUAUGAUAGAAGGAGCAGAGGAUUUUUUGCUAAAACCGGUGAAAUUAGCAGACGUGAAGCGGAUAAAAGAACUUAUAAUGAGAGGUGGUGAAGCUAAAGAAGGAUUUACCAAAAGCCCUAGUCCUAAGAGAAUCCUACAAAACAACAUUGAUUCAUCUCCAUCAUCUUCAUCUUCAUCAACAUCGUCGUCUCAAGAUGUUUCCUAUCUCGAUGACGACGACACUCCAUCUUCCAAGAGGAUGAAAUUAGAACCUAGCUAGGGUUUUAAGCUUAAUCUUUUCUCAUUUUUUUCUUUGUUAUCCUGUAAUAUACAUUGAGCUAAGAUGUUUGGGUAAAUUCUUGUUUUGACAUUUGCAAUUCUAGAUCCUGAUGCUAAAUCUCAUCUCUCUGAUUUUUUUGGUUAAAACAAAAGGAGAUCAAUGUAAAAA